ACACAGGGGCGCCGAGGGAGUGGGGAGCGGGUACUCUUUACCCGGGCCCCGCUGCCCUCCCUUUCCCGUUGCUGCAGCCACACGGCGGUUGGAGAGAGAGGCAGUUGCAGUGGCGGCCAGUCCUCUCUCCCUGAAUGUUGAAAGGAAGGAAAGCGACCAUGCCCGCCCUCACUGCUGCCCCCCAAUUCUGACACUGCCCACCCCCAUUUGGCAGCACAAUCUGCUGGGUCCUGCCGGAGGGCUCAGCGUCAUACAGGCGCUCUGGAAUUACACCACCCUGACCUCCGCCGGCUUUCAGCAGAGUGAAGUGCCGCUAAUUCUGUACCUUUUGGGGAACAUCACAAAAAACGCAGCGCUGGCGAAUGUCACUUUCAGUGUGGACACGGUAAAUAAAAUCCUCUUCAUUACCGACCAGCUCAUCAGUGACAUCUCCACAGGACCUUCGGCCAGUGUGGAUAAGAAUCUUGGUCCCCAGCUACUGGCGACUUUCGAGGCGCUCUUCUCAGUGAUGUCAUCCACUAGUCAAUCCUACAGUUUAUCCUACAAGAACAUAAACCUGGCCAUCACAGUGUCCUCUUGUAGUGCUUUGGAGGACAAGAAGUCCCUCAAACUGAACUCAGCGUCCAGUAUAUCAAUGCCUGGUGCAGACAACGAUUAUCCCCCUGGCUGUAUUGUCCGUUUAUUGUCCAUGACUUUCAGGCCGCACAAUGGAAGCUUUACUGGCCAAUAUUCCAGUAAUGGAGAUACGGACUAUUCCUACUAUUUAGCUAGUGACAUACAGACAAACGUUAUGAUCUUAAAUAAUAACAGCGUUCAUACUGUCAACAUCAAUUUGGCCUUCACGUGUGGGAACAGAUCAUGUGACAGCACCGCCGUAUGCGUGUACUGGGAUUUCUCUCUGAAUGCCUGGUCAUCCAGUGGUUGCCUCACACAAGUCACCCAUGGGAUCACCAACUGUAUCUGUAAUCACCUGACCUCCUUCUCCGUCUUGAUGUCAGGCUUCGUACCAGAAAAUACUGUGGACUCUACUAUACUGGAUGACAUCACAGAAGCUGGCCUCGCCAUCUCCAUAGCGUCUCUCCUCAUUUGUAUUUCAAUACAUGUGAUUCUCCUGACGCAAAGCAUAAAAACUGCGGCCGUAUAUAGAUAUGUGACCAACCUCAACAUGUCCGUCUUCCUGUUGGUCAGUAAUGUCUCGUUCCUAUCAUCCAGUUUCAUUGACCCCAAUGCUCAGGAGAAGCUCUGUGUCGCCUUCACCUUCCUCACUCACUUUUCCCUACUGGCGUUCUUCUGCUGGACUUGGGUCCAGGGCCUGUAUUUGGUGUGUCGCCUGGUCUUUGUAUUCCACCACGUCACCAAGACAGAAUUCCUGGCUCUCUCCAUUGUGCUGGGAUACCUCUGCCCCCUGGUUAUAGCUGUGGGAACCUUCUUGGUGUAUUUUCCAAAUAACUACAUGAAUGACAAUGCUUGUUGGCUGGAAAGCAGAUCUGGCGCCUCCAUGUCCUUUAAUAUCCCAACUAUAAUAAUCAUGUGUGGGAAUGUCCUCGUUCUUGUCAUUGUGAUUCGGAAGCUCCUCAGACCAUCAAUCUCUGAGGGGCACAACGAGGAUGAAGAGGUGAUCAAGAAGCUGGCAAAGGCUCUUCUCUUCUGCAUCCCUCAGUUCGGCUUGACUUGGGCUAUUGGGAUCCCACUUUUCGCCAACCCGAAUUCAAUGGCUUUACACUACAUGUUCGCAAUACUCAACCCGCUCCAGGGCUUAUUUCUCCUGCUGUUCGGGUGUCUCUUGGAUAAGAAGGUGAUGGACGUGAUAAAGAAACGCGUGAUGAAGACUCCGUCUCCUAGCAGCAUGGCAACAACGUUGAGCAGCGCAUGACUGCGGACACGUUACGUGCCCUGGUUCCUGAGCAGCUGUCACAGAACUGAGAGGACGCCACUCCUGGGCACAUUACUUGAUGUCGACCUUGCAUAUCAACUCUAAAUCACCCCCCCCCCCCCAAUGUGAAAAUGACCCUCCCUUAUAUUACUCAGGUCAGCCACUUACUAUACUCUAAUCUCACUAACAACUAACAUACAGCCGCCGGUAAACCAUACCCAACCCCAUACUUUGGCACUAGAAAUCAUACACCGUCUUACAUUUCUUGUUUAAUGCUUGACCACAAUGUAUCAGGACUAAUGUUUUGUUUCCCUUGGGAAAUCUAUUGUGUUACUGUGUUGUAAUUUUAUGUACAAGUCAUUACACAACCCGAUACUGCCAAAGAAGGAGCCCU